AUGUCACGGUUGUUUGGAGUGGUGCUGAUUUUGUCAGCGGCAGCGAUGCUGAGCUUAGCGGAUGCUAGUUUGUCCUAUGGACGCAAAAUAACCGACACUUUCUACGAAGCAACAGACGUGCAGGCUUGUGCUGCAGGCUUGAGCGUUUGCAUCGGGUGUAAAACGUACAGGGUUUGUAUAGGGGAACCAAUCGAGGAAGACAAUCCCCAAGAAAUGUGCGCGGCUGACAAGCCUUACUGUCAAAUACAAACCGGAGAGUGCGCCAUCACUCCCGAUAAUUCUCUAGCACAAUGUGAGAGUGAUCCGCCAGUGACAACAACGACAACAGAGCCGACUCCAGUGAUGCCGGCGUUCAAGUGUACCGGAGUGGGUAAUUUUCCAGAUCCGUACAACUGUGCAAAGUACUACUACUGCGUCACGGCAGGCAUCGACGGAGAUUCGUACGACUGUCCUCCGAGUCAAAGCUACAACGUAACCUCGCAAAAAUGUCAGCAGAUGGACAGCGGUUGCAAACCAAUCGACUGCUCCGAUUCAGAGUUCAUCUUCAAUGAAUAUCCCACAGAUCCACAGUACUUUUACUACUGUAAACUUGCUGGAGUAAUGCAGAGCACCUUACCAACGGUUUACAUGUUCUCCUGCGGCAGUGGAGCCAAGUUUGAUGUGUGCACUGAACAGUGUGUUUUCGGGUGCACCCAGGAAGGGCUUUUUGCCAAGUCAUCGGACCCGAACAAGUUCUACCAGUGUUACAUGGAGAACGGAACUUUGAAGUAUGUAGAGAGAAGCUGUCCCGGGAAGAACCAGGUGUUUGACGAAGACGUGCAGUUUUGUAUUUAUCAGAGCGUUACGGUUAAUCGACUUUGA